AUGUUGCAAAAGGCCGCUUCUUACACAACCAGACUGGCUUGGAGCACCUACCGAAGUCAAUACCCCAAGUACUUGCUCUCCGUCACCAUCCUCAAACUCGAUCCAUAUCUUGAGCAGAAGCUUAGCCGACUUCCCGAAGAUCAGGUUCGCAAGCUAUUGAUUCGCUCCGGACACCAUCGUCUACUGGGCUUGUCAGGGGAUGUAGACGGUGCCCUACCAUCAAAGUCCGGGGUAUCUGGCCCUCCUGGCGUCCAUCUGAUCGAUCCUUGCAUCAAAAGAUAUAUCGAUGAGGAAAUUCACAACAGUCUCAAAUUACAGCAGGAUAUUGUACGCGAUAGCAUCAAAUCAGAACUUGAUGAUAUCGUUCAAGACAGCAUCAGAUCAGAACUGCCUGGUCUUGUCGACCAUUUUCGCGAGGAGAUUGCUGACGAACACAAAAUAAAAGUGUGCGAGUUAGGCGAGGUGGUCCAGGACAACAAGAAGGCCGUCGAGGCGAAGAAAGCAUUGAAGGAGAUGGCUUUAAAGUUGGCUGCUUCUCUCAGGGCCUCGUUUGAUGAUUUGCAAGGCUCUAGGCAUGAGGAACAGGGCACACACGCGAGAUGCCGCUCUGUUUGA